AGUACACAGCCGCAAGUGGCGAGGGGGUAGUGGAUGAGUUGUAGUGUUGUAUUAAGUGACUAGAACAUACUACUCCUAACGUUUGAGUGAAAAUGUCGUCAGUCAGCGAAGAACUUAAAAACCUUGUAGUACAGUUAUACGAAAUUGAUGCUUUAAAAUUUGGGGAUUACAAGAUGAAAGUGGGAAUUAAUUCCCCAGUGUACUUUGAUCUGAGAGUAAUUGUGUCACAUCCUUCCCUGAUGAGUGUACUGUCAAAACUUCUCUGGAACUUUGCACAAAAUCGUGCAAAAUGUAACCACAUUUGUGGCGUUCCAUAUACAGCUUUACCUAUAGCAUCUCUCAUAUCUGUGAAUGCAAACAUACCAAUGCUUAUACGAAGGAAAGAAACCAAAAGCUAUGGCACCAGAAAACUGAUUGAAGGAAAAUUUAAGAAAGGUGACACAUGCAUAAUUAUCGAGGAUGUGGUUACCUCUGGCUCGAGCAUCUUGGAUACCUAUAGGGAUUUGACACAAGAGGGCCUUGUUGUCACAGAAGCAGUCGUUGUUGUUGAUAGAGAGCAAGGCGGUACACAAAAUGUUGCUCAGUAUGGAAUACAAAUGAGUAGUCUAUGCACUCUUUCACAGAUUAUGGAUAUUUUACAUGAAGCUGGAAAAGUGGAUCUGUCUGUUGUGGACAGUGUAAGGAAAUACAUAUCAGCAAGUCAGAUUCCUCUGAUCAAUUACAUCAAUACUACAGUUGCACCUGCAGAUGAGCAAUCAAACCGCCUAACGAUGUCAUUUGCACAACGUGCUUCCUAUGCUGGCAAUUCUGUAGCUGCAGAACUUUUUGCUGUAAUGACGAAGAAGAAGAGCAACUUAUGCUUAGCUGCAGACAUGCCAAAAACUGCAGACUUGUUAACUUUGGCCAGAGCUGUAGCUGAACACAUAUGUCUCUUGAAAAUACACUGUGAUAUUAUUGAAGAUUUUAGCAAGAGUUUUGUACAGGAAUUAACAACACUUGCUAAAGAGCAUAAUUUCCUCAUUUUGGAGGACAGAAAAUUUGCUGACAUAGGUCACAUAAGUACCUUGCAGUAUUCCACUGGAACUCAUCACAUAGUAUCCUGGGCUGAUGCAGUGACAGCCCAUGCACUACCGGGUGAUGGAAUACUAAAUGGUCUCAAAUCUCAGAUUGGUGGACGCAAAAGGGGAUGUUUUGUAGUUGUGGAAAUGAGUUCUGAAGGAAAUCUAGCUUCCCAGCAGUAUAUAUCUGAUGCAUUGGAUAUGUGUUUGAAACACGAAGAUUUUGUAUGUGGAAUAGUUUGUCAGAGUCCCCGCCUGCUGCAGUCACCAGGCAUCGUUCAGUUGUCACCUGGUGUCAGUCUAAGCCAAAGAAAAACAACAGACGGCCUUGGGCAGCAAUAUACAACACCAGAAGAUAUUGUAUUGGUAAGAGGUGCAGAUGUAGUCGUGGCUGGAGCUAUAUCAGCCAGUGAUGACCCAGUGGCCUCUGCAUCUGAAAUACGUUCACGCCUGUGGAAUGCAUAUGAACAGCGCAUAAAAAUAAGUGACCAAACUGAAUAAAUGAGAUAAUGGAACACUAAGUGUUAUCAAUCUCCAAUGUUUUGUAAAAACCUUAAGUAUUAUUUGAAGUAUAUUGUAUUCCCACCUCAGAAUUAAUUAUAUUCUGUUAUUUUCAAAUAGUUCACCCUCAUUGGAUUUAAGAUUUUGUAAUGAUUAAUAAUUGAAUAAUUCACCCAUUGGAUCCAUAGUCAAUAAUUUGAAAAGCAGCAGUUGUGCCAUGAGAUGAACCUUGCUCCUCUUAUUUUUUAAUCAGAUCUGUUAAGAAAACACCUGUUAGGUCUCAAGUCUGUUUUAUAGUUUUGUCUAUGUAUAAACAUAAAUACUGUGGUGAUAAAAAAUCUAAAAUUUCUGUAUAUUAAUGUUUUGUUUUGGAAAAAGGGUGAUGCGUAUAUAUUGCUGUUAUUGUAGGUAUAAUUUCUUGAACAGUUAAUAACCACUCUCAAUGCUUUCGAAUUAGAUUUCUUCACCAUUACCUUCACUUGGUCUUCCUCUCUUCCAUUCCACUCUUCUCCCCUCUUUCAUCAAAUUCCUGUUAGGUCUAUACCCUAUAAAUAGCUAUAGCUAGAUUGCUUUGUUCUGGCAGACCGACUUUCAAACAUUGUUGGUAACAUAGCACAGAAUUCCUAACAUUAAAUUCUGAAAGGUAAGGUUGCUGUCAACUGUAGGUUUGAACACCACAGUAUUUUCUUACUGAAGGUUGAAGUGAUAUCUCCAUUUCUCUCAUGUGUCAUAAU